CAGAUGCAUUUAAUAUUACGUAUUUUGGUUCCGUUUUUAAAUUUUCAAUUCUGUAGCUUUUCAAUUCAGGUUUAAGUACAAUAUUUAUAAUUUAAAAUACUUUAUUUAAUUUUUAAUUCUAUAGAAAAGUGUCUAUAGUGUUCAUACGAAAAAAUAAUUAUUUAACAUUUUUCGCAUGCUGAUUUGCAUAAACCAUAAAUGAUUUAUUUGUGACUGAGUGCUCAUAGAAGUGGCAGGUGAAUAUCGCUGUGUUUAACGCAGAUUUGCAACGUAGAAGCUUUACGAAAUUUUAAAAAUGUCUUCUCCUUUGCCUCCUUAUUUGGGUAGUAAAAUAAGUAUUAUUUCUAAGUCUGAAAUCCGAUAUGAAGGUAUAUUGUAUACUGUUGAUCCAAAGGAGUCUACUAUUGCGCUAGCUAAGGUAAAAUCAUUCGGCACUGAAGGAAGACCAACAGAGAGACCCUUAGCACCUAGAGAUGAAGUUUAUGAGUAUAUAAUAUUCAGAGCCAGUGAUAUCAAAGAUCUUCAUGUAUGUGAGGGACCAAAGUCUUUUCAUGGGUUUUUACCACAUGAUCCUGCAAUUGUUUCGCAGUCUGGACCUGUUAUGCAUUAUCCUUCGGGUCAAGGAUACAACACAUUUUAUGGAAUUACGGGACUUCAAGGAUUUCCUUCUCAUGUUGGCAACAACUAUUCAAACGUACAUCCUUUUAAUGUAGCACAAUCAAGUCGUGCAACAGCGCAAACUCCUCAGCGCAAAGGCACUACGACUGAUGCUAGUGUCCAAGUCUCUGUGGGUAGUACUGAUGUAUAUAAUAGACAGGGACUGGAUGGUAGAGAACCUCUGAGGCAAAGAAAUCAGAUGAAUUAUCCUCAGAGGAGGAGGGCCUCUUUCAACAGGCAACCAGGAGGUCCAAGACGAAAUAGUAUUGCUCGGCGCAACCCAAGAAAUGAGUCUAAUAUAGAAAACUAUGACAAAGAAUAUGAUUUUGAACAGGCAAAUGCAGAGUUUCAAGAACUUGAAAAUAAAUUGGCAAAAAAUUCCAUUGGUAUUUUUAAGCUUUUCUCUGAUUUGAGCCUGGAUCAGUCUCCCAGUGUUCUUGAAGAUCAGAAUUCCUCUUAUGACAAAGAGAAGUCUUUCUUUGAUGACAUUAGUUGCGAGGCAACCCAAAUCAGUAAAGGUUUUCCCAGAUUCGAUUGGAGACUUGAGAGGAAACUAAAUGUAGAAACAUUUGGGGCGUCCGCAAACAAUGCUUGGCUGCGCAGACGACGUGGCAGAGGUAAUAUGCGCAGAGGAUACAACCGAAUGAAUGAAGUCCCUAAAACUGUUACCUUUGAUGAAAAGCCUGUUGUGAAAGAAGUAGAUACUGCCACAGAAAUUGAAGAAGUGAAAUCUGAUCAGCUUCCAAUCAUUGAAGUGGUUAUGGAUAAAGAGAAGAGUGAAUGGCCAGAAAACAAAGUGGAGACUGUUUGGAAUUAAUAUGCUAUUUGGAGAAUAUAUAUAUUUUUUAUACUUUAUUCUAGUCAUCAGAAGAUGCGAGUCAUUGAUUUUUACUCAACAAGAUUGUCUAUUUUUGUAAAAGUGAGAGAAACACUUGACUUUAAAAAUAAUUUCUUUAUUUGUGUUUGCAUGCUUCAAGUUCUGUAAAGUAAUCAGCAUGUUUAACAUGUAUACCAGAUGCUGAGAAAUAAGUGUAAGCAUCAUUCUAAGUUGUGUUAACCUCUGCUGAUUUUAGCAGGGUGUAUUUAUUAUUUUUUGACAUUUAUUUAUUAAAGUGUCUUUGCAAUCUAA